GGUCCCCGCGGCCCGGUGUUCCCAAACAUCAGCCGCUCUCGGAGGACCGAUGCGGGUUCAUAAGCAGCAGGCGGAGAUGGGAGGCACAUCGAAACGGCGCUCUGCGGCUCCAAAAUGUUAUUCUAAAUCACACGCACUGGGUUCAUUAUGUUGAGUGCAUCACGGCAGGAACGGGAAAGAUCUUCCAUCAAAGGCUGCCGUGCUGGUGAACGCGACCGGCAGCGCCUCCCCCCCACCCCCAAAAAUGGGGUCCCUCCUCCCGGCUGUGACAGCAGGAUGCAGGGACCCUGUGUCCAUCGGUCCCCUCCCCGAGCAUCCCUGCCUCUGCGCUGACAUCUCCUCCCCGCGUUGCCCGGGAGAUGAGGCGGUUGCCGUGGAAACCGCCCUCCUCUUCUUCCUGAGCCUUCCUCCUCCUCCUCAUUGAGCCUUCCCCCUCCUCAUCAUCACCCGGGGGCCGGUGCUGCCCCCACCCAGCUCUGGGGGUGCCCCUGCGGUGGCGGCGGUGGCAUUUCGGGGCACCUCCUUGUACGGGUGGCUGCCUCCUGCGGGUGUCCAGCCUGACGCGCGUGCCCGCCUUUACACGCCCGUUGCACGCACGUCCUCGCGCGCCACUGUCGUGCGCCCAGGCCGUGCAGUACGUUCCCGGCACACCCGUGGCGUGUUGCAUGCGUGACACCCCCCACAUGCAUGCUGGGUGCACGCGUGUCAGCCCGCCGUUGCCGUGACGACCCUAUCAAGCACAUGGCGCGGCAGCGCGGGGGAUGCACGCUUGUUGCCAUGGAAACUGCCAUGAAUCGCCCCAUCCAGGUGAAGCCAGCGGACAGCGAGGGACGAGGAGAAGACAGGAAGCUCUUCGUGGGCAUGCUGGGGAAGCAGCAGAGCGAGGACGACGUCCGGCGCCUCUUUGAGCCCUUCGGCCAGAUCGAGGAGUGCACCAUCCUCCGUGGGCCCGACGGAGCCAGCAAAGGUUGUGCCUUUGUGAAGUACGGCAGCCACGCCGAGGCGCAGGCUGCCAUCAACAGCCUGCACGGCAGCCAAACCAUGCCGGGCGCCUCGUCCAGCCUGGUGGUGAAGUUUGCGGACACAGACAAGGAGAGGACCCUGCGGCGGAUGCAUCAGAUGGCAGGGCAGCUGGGCAUCUUCAACCCCAUGACCAUCCAGUUCGGUGCCUACGGGGCCUACACGCAAGCGAUCAUGCAGCAGCAGGCGGCCCUGAUGGCGGCGGCGCAGGGGACCUGCCUGAACCCCAUGGCUGCCAUCGCUGCCGCCCAGAUGCAGCAAAUGGCCGCCUUCAACGUCAGCGGGCUGGUGGCUGCCCCCCUCACCCCUUCUUCAGGUACGAGCACCCCCCCCGGCAUCAGCACGGCGCCCGUGCCCAGCAUCGCCACGCCGAUUGGGGUGAAUGGCUUCAGCCCGCUGCCGCCGCAGACCAACGGGCAGCCCGCCUCUGAGACCAUCUACACCAACGGCAUCCACCCCUACCCAGCUCAAAGCCCCACAGUGGCAGAUCCCCUCCAGCAAGCCUACGCGGGCAUGCAGCACUAUGCAGCAGCAUAUCCCACCGCCUACGCGCCCAUCAGCCAAGCCUUCCCCCAGCAAGCGCCCAUCAUCCCGCAGCAGCAGCGAGAAGGUCCCGAAGGCUGUAACCUGUUUAUUUAUCACCUGCCCCAGGAGUUCGGGGAUGCAGAGCUCACGCAGAUGUUCUUGCCUUUCGGCAAUGUCAUCUCUGCCAAAGUCUUUGUGGACCGUGCCACCAACCAGAGUAAAUGCUUUGGUUUCGUCAGUUUUGACAAUCCGACUAGCGCUCAGGCAGCCAUUCAGGCCAUGAAUGGCUUCCAGAUCGGCAUGAAGAGGCUAAAAGUCCAGCUAAAGCGGCCGAAAGAUGCCAACAGACCCUACUGACCCCUGCCCACCCUGGCCCUACGGAGAGGUCGGGCGUCCCACGGUGUCUGACGACUUUCCCCUUCCCCAAGUGCAGUAUCCAAACCCGUAACUCUCUUUCUUUGCAACAUGUCCCGGAGGAGGAGGAAUAGGAGGAGGAGGCGAUGAAGAAAAAAACGCGAAGAAGAGAGCCAUUCUGGUCGUAGCUUUUCUUUUCCUUUUUGAUUUUUUUUUUUUAUCCAAACGGUCUUGUUUGUUUCUUAACGGGAUUGAGAGAGCGAGGAAGGCAGGAAGGAGAGCGACACGGCAGUGGUAGCGGGGCUGAGAUUCGCUGCUGGCCGCUCAAUGGGACUCGCCAAAUCCCUUGCCGGGAGAGAGGACCAAGGCCCGGGCGGCCGGGACGUGAGCUACCUUUUUAAAGCACUCAUUUGCUGCUACAAAUUUCCCAGGAGGAACGAGGAACAGAGGCUCCAAACGGACUUUAAACCAAAGGCAGCAGGAAGGGACCAGCCUUGGGCGCUUCACCUGGAGGAUGCUUGUUUGGAAAGAGAAAUCGUGAUAGUUUUUUCCACGUCUGGCUGGGAAAAAGAGGGAAAAAAAAGGAUAAAAGGAUGUUGGACUUACAGAAGAUAUAUAUAAAUAAGUAUAUAUAUAUAUAUCCCAUGGAGCAGGGUGGCGGGACACGCACUUCCCCCUGCUUGUCACUGGCACAGGGACAUAGGAUUACUUGUUUCAGAGUCAUAUCAUUCCUUAGAGUUUAGGGACCAAAGGACUAUUGCUUUUUUAAAUAUAUAUAUAAAUAAAUUAAUUUAAAAAAAAACACACAAAAAAAAAACAGGAAGA